UUUAGGCAGCCAUCUUUAUUUACUGUUUGGGAGGUGUGACUGUCGGUAAAGCGGUUGUCGGCUUGGUGCCCGAAAUCUGAGGAAAAAACCAAAAUUUCGGGCGAAAAGCUGAUUUUUAACUAAAUUAAUACAAACAUUCGUUCGGUAUGAGUGACGUGGACUUAAAUAAGCUCAAAGUUGUUGAGCUGAAAGCCGAAUUGCAAUCCCGCGGGCUCGACACGAAAGGCAACAAGCCGGUCUUAAUAGACAGGUUGAAAGAAGCGCUCGAAAAGGAGAAACAACAGCAGUCUGGCGACGUCUCAAGCAACGAAGUUGCUGUGGAAGAGCCUUCUCCAGACCCUACAAACGAAGAGGAGCUGGAUGAGGAUGCUGAAGAGGCGAUGUUGGCAGAAGAGCCCCCUGUCACAGAACCUGAGCCUGAAACUGAGCCCGAACCCGAGCCAACUCCAGUUCCUGUAAAGGAACCAACCCCACCUCCAGCCUCAGUCCCAGUAGAAAGCAGUCCCCCUGAAGAUGUGGUUGAGCCAUCACUAAAGAAAGAGCCAUCACCGCCACCUGAAGCUGAGCAGCCCCCGCCACAGGAGGAACCUUCUCCUACUCAAGAGAUAAAAGAGGAACCUGUCCAUGAGAUAAAAGAGGAACCUGUUCUUGAGACAAAAGAGGAACAACCUGUCCCUGAGACAAAAGAGGAACCUGUCCACGAGGAAACAGAGGACGUGAAGGCAGAGGAACCUGAACCUGAAAAUGACAAUGAGAAGCCUGCAGAGGCUGAGGUUAAGGAGGAAGAGAAGGCUCUUGAGGCAAUGGAGACAAACCAAACUGAGGAGACAAAAGAUGAUGUAAACAAUGACGAGAAGCGGGGAAAGAAGAGGCAGCAUUCUCCUGAAAGUGUCAAAGAGAGCAAAGUGCCACAAGAAGAUGAGCCUGAAUUUGACCAAAAGCUUUGUCUACUCAGUUGGUUUGAUUCUGACUUGAACUUAAUCAUCAACAAAAAUGAAUUCCUGAAGGCCGAACCAAUGUGCAAAGGAGGCUUCGCCUUCUGCUGGGCCGGCGCUAGGGCCAGCUUUGGCCUGAAAAGUGGUAAAGCCUUUUUUGAAGUCAUGAUCGACAAAUACUUGGACGUUUCCCACCUUGAAAAUGAGACCAAUCCAAAUGUUGUCCGAGUUGGUUGGUCCGUCCAGUCUGCUUCAAUGCAGCUGGGAGAGGAAGAGCUCACCUAUGGAUAUGGUGGCACAGGAAAAAUCUCAACAAACUGCAAGUUCUCCGAUUAUGGAAAAGUUUUUCACGAGGGUUCAGUCGUUGGUGCAUAUUUGGAUAUGAGUGGUGAUGACAUCACCAUGACCUAUACAGUCGAUGGCGAAGACCAGGGAGUUGCAUUUACAGUGCCAAGAGCUGAUUUGAACGGCCAAUCCCUAUUCCCCCACGUUCUCACCAAAAACUGCAGUUUUUCGUGCAACUUUGGUAAUGAUGAACCCUGGUUCCCUCCUUCGGACAGCUCAUUCCAACAAAUCGGUCGGUUGGUAAUCGACGAGAACGUCGUGCUUGGUCCUCAGCGGCCAGCGAGCAAAGCGGACUGCGAAGUUCUUAUGAUGGUUGGAGUUCCCGGCAGCGGUAAAACCUUCUGGGCCAAUAAACACACCAGUGAAAACAGCGAAAAGCAUUAUAAUGUUCUUGGAACUAACACCCUCAUCGAUAAAAUGAAGGUUAUGGGCCUGCCACGGCGCCGCAACUACAAUGGGCGGUGGGAGGAACUGAUUUCCUCAUGCACGGAUUGCUUUAACAAGCUUCUACAGGUGGCAGCAACGCGUCGCCGAAAUUACAUUCUGGAUCAGACCAAUGUCUACUCUUCAGCUAGGCAAAGGAAAAUGCAAGCUUUCAAGGGCUUCAACAGAGUGGCCGUGGUGGUCGUUCCCACUCCAGAAGAAUUGACCAGGCGCACCGAAAAGCGAGAAAGAGAGGAGGGCAAGGACGUACCUGACUCUGCUGUAUUUGAAAUGAAAGCAAACUUCGUGCUGCCAUCUAAAGGUGACGUCUUUGACGAGGUGCGUUUUGUCGAAGCACCUGAGGAGGAAGCAGUAAAAAUAGUUGACGAGUAUGUCAAAGAGGCCAGUGCAGCUGGUUACCGGAAGAAGGAGGACGCCAAGGUGCCUCGCUACGAAAAUAAACAGGGCUACAGCAGCCACAGAAGUAACACCGGCAACACGAAUUCGAGGUACCACUCUGGUGGCGGCAGUCAGAGCCGUUUCAGCGGUGGUGGAGUCCGAGACUACAGGAAUCAGCAGGACUUCAGAAAUCCCAGAUUUGGCGGCGGGAGAGGUGGAGACAACAACCGCUUCAUGCGCCGAGACCAGAGAGAUGGUAGUUUCAGAGGUGCGAGUGGUGGCGGCGGCGGUGGUUUCCGUGGAAGCGGCGGCGGUGGUGCUUGGCGUGGAGGCCGCGAUAACAGGGACACUAGAGGCUACGAGCGCCAAGACUACAAUCGCCGCGGAGGCGGUGGCGAGUACAGACGCCCACCCAAAGACUACAACAAAGACAGAGGCUAUAAUAGGCACCCUGGUGACAGAGAUCGCAGAACCGAACGAUAUGGAGGUAACCAGUGGUCCAGUGGCGGUGGCACCGGCUCAAACUACAAUUCAGGUGGAUAUAAUCAGUCCAGUGGAUAUGCUGGCUACGGCCAGCAGCAACGAAGCUACAGUCAAAACCAGUAUGGGGGCUACAGCUCGUUCUCAUCUUAUCCAAAUCAACAACAGCAACCGCAGCAGCAAACUGGCUACCAUCAGUCCGGCCAACAGAGCUGGUCCGGGUAUGCACCUCAACAACAACAGCAGCAGCAGCAGCAACCGCAGCAAUCGACCUAUGGAGGUGGCUGGCAACAGUAUGGAGGCUAUGGUGCUGCUCAGUCUCAACCGGGAUACCAGCAAAGCUAUAGCACUACUGGAUACCAGCAAAAUCAGACGUCAGGAAGCUACAGCACUGCCCCGAAGUAGACAGACAUUUUUGUCAGUUUGUGCGAGCGUUGCCGCCGUUUCUAAUGUUUUGAUUAAUUUUCCUGUAAAAAUGGACAGUGGAUGAAUUCAUUAUUUGGAUGAAACUGUAUAAUAAAGUAAUUGUCAUUUUGGAAUUGAUGCAGAAAAAUGAAUUUAGAGUUUGAAUGUGAAGUGAUCUCGCACUGACAGUAGCUAAUUUGUUGUGGUUGCAACCCUUGAAAGUUAGAGCAUUUCUUAUUUUGACAUGUCAUUAUGUACAAAUAAUACACUAUGAAACAUUUUUGAAUUAAAUAGUACAAUAUCUUUGAAGCUCC